GUCUACUACCAAUCUCAAAUCUUGGUCAUAUGUGCGUUUGUCACGGGUCGCUUUUGUACAUGCGAGGUGAUGACUAACCAUGCUGUUUAGCGAGUUAGCAGGUGAAGCCUAUGCCACUGAAGCGAUGUCAUUGUGUCAUUUGCCGAUCAAGAAAUACAUUAAUCGACGCUCGUAUUAUUCGUAAACAUUUACAAAAAUAUGGUAGCGAAGACUCACCAACUUCCUCUCCAUGGAAAGUACCGUCCAACGGAAAUUCCGACUCCGAAGACGAUGCACAGGCCGCGGCAGCUUGCUAUUUUACAUCGGCGUCGGACGCUGAAGGAUCUGAAUCUCAUAUAUUGGAAACAGUCCAAGAAGAAGAGAGUUCUGAUAUUGUCAACAACCUUCAUUUCCAAGAGGACGACGACAGUGCUACUUCAGAUGUCUGUUUUCAUGAAGACACGGACAGUAUAGAGGAUGAAACUAGUUCUGAUGAAUCAAGUAAUGAAAGUGAUCCUGAAGACAGCUGCAGUAGUUUGCCCUGGUCUUGUGAAUACAAUAAAACUGUAUACAGCAGCGGUGUAGCAGUACAAAAGUUACCCAAUUCCGAUCUUACCUUAUUGCAAUGAUUGGCAAUGAACUUUCACCUGUUUACAGCGCAUCCGUCAUCAAGUAAGCAAUCUUUUACAGAAAGUUUGCAGCUACAAAAAAGAUUGCAGUGUGAUUCUCAGGACAUUUUAACAUCAUCUUACUAUGAGGCCAGAAAGUUGAUAGAGUCAUACCUUGUGAAAAAGAAAAAAUACCAUGUGUGCAUCAAUGACUGUGUUGUGUUUCGAGAUACCAGCAAAUUCCAUUAUGCUAAUUUGAGCCAAUGUCCAACCUGUCAGCAUGAUCGAUAUGCUGAUGAGCGCGUCGCUAACAAAACAUUUAUAUAUGUACCAAUCGGUCCAAGACUUGCUAGAUAUUACGGGGAAACUAACUUGGCUAAAAUUGUGCAAUCACAUCCUGGAGAUAGUUAUGAUGACACUGAAAUGGGGGAUAUACACCAUUCACCAGCUUGGAGGACACUGUAUUCACCAGCAGGAUAUUUCCAGGGCGACAAAAUGGGAAUAUCGAUGGCUUUGGAAAUGGAUGGGGUUAAUCCUUUUCACAACAUUGGGGUCAUUUACUCGAUGACGCCAAUAAUGCUAACAGUGCUGAAUCUUCCACGACACAUGAGGAAUUCAUUUGGUAAUAUCAACCUUGUCGGGAUCAUUCCAGGUAACGGAAGGUCUGAAGCCACUUCACAAGAUGGUUAUGUGGAAGUACUUGUCGAUGAAUUGCUGUACUUGACUGAAUGUACAGCAUAUAGUGCAUAUCACAACGGUCAUGUUGAUGUGAAGAUAAAGCUGUUGCUACAUGUUUUAGAUUACCCAGGACUAAGUAAAUUAUUUAAACAACAUGGCAGUGGCAGUGUUCCUGGAUGUCAUUGGUGCUUGAUAAGAGGAAAACGGUGUAAACAUCUGGACAAAGUGAUAUACCUUUCAAACAGGUCAUUUUUACAGAGGGAUGACCCCAUCAGAAGCGACAAUUCACAUUUUGUGUCUAAAGAAAGUGAUCACACUCAGCGUCCAAAGGUGCGUUCUAUAGUUGAAGAAGAGGUGUAUCGUAAUGCAUUCGAACAUGCAAAAAACAAAACGUAGGCCAGUGUUAUUGCUACAGCUACAGGGUGUAAAAGUACAUAUCCAUUGUCACGCCUUCCUGAUCACAACAGAAUCGUUGAAAGCAAGCCGGACGCUUGUCAUACUAUAAAAGACAUUGUUCAGAAUAUCAUGAACUUGUUAACCUGUAGAAAUAUAAAUUUGACAAAGAUUUUAGAAACAGAAAAACAUGAAAGAAGACUUCACGUUAUUGAUCCAUCAUCUAGAGAUGCUAACAAUGUUGAAGAAUUGGAAACACCUCCUAGGCCAAAGAAGCGCAAGUCUCAAUCAUGUAACGAGAAAGCAUAUCCGUUCAUGCUAACUAAAGAAGAGAUCCAAUGUGCUGAUACAAGAGCUAAAAGUAUUCGCCCACCGUUAGGAUUUGGAUUAAAGCCGUCUCCCUUUUUUAGUAAGCCUGGCUCCCUCAAAUCUCACGAUUGGAAACAAAUCGCCUGUCAAGGAAUAUUUAAGUUCUGUUUGAAAGGCUUGUUAUCAGACAAAUGCAGACACACUUUGUAUGAUUUGUUUGAUAGUGUUAGUGAUUUAUGUAGAGAAAACCAAGACUUGGAUGAACUUGAUGACAUUGAAGUUAAACUGAAUAGGUCAUUGGCAGCGUUAGAACGAGACUUCCCACUCUCUUUACAGAAUAUUACUACUCAUUUGUUACAUCACAUACCAGACGGACUUAAAUUGUACGGGCCUGUAUAUAGUACAUGGAUGUUUG